GGAAGUUGUGUGUUUUCUCUGGCGGCUAGCUUGACGGUCCCUAGCAGCUGGUUAGCAUCGAUGCUAAGCGGCUAACCGACUCCGAGUCUCUGCCGUCGGUCGCGAUGGAAACAUGAGCUCGACGUCACAGGUGAACAACGUCAUUAGUCUGACAAUUGUUCUCUUCAACGCUCCGACUCGUCAUUAGCCAGUUCGCUAACAGGCGCGUUGCCGCAACAAUCAGCGACAUCCGCGGUCCACUCCAGCCCCCGCCCCCCCCUCCCCUCCCGCACGGUUUCACCGCAAACCCCCGCAGUUUGACAGAAGUCCGAUGGAGACGAACGCGCCGAAGAGACGAGACAGUAAGAAGUCGCUGCGCGUGAAGGUCAUCAGCCUCGGGAACGCCGAGGUGGGGAAGAGCUGCAUCAUCAAACGAUACUGUGAGAAGAGGUUCGUCCCCAAGUACCUGGCGACGAUCGGCAUCGACUACGGGGUCACCAAAGUUCAGGUCCGCGACAGAGAAAUCAAAGUGAACAUCUUCGACAUGGCCGGACAUCCCUUCUUCUACGAAGUGCGUAACGAGUUCUAUAAGGACAGUCAGGGGGUCCUGCUUGUGUACGACGUCGGCCUGCGGGACAGCUUCGACGCCCUCGACAGCUGGCUCGGCGAAAUGAAACAGGAAAUGGGCUCCCAGGCCAACAUGGACAGCAUCGUGUUCAUCGUCUGUGCCAACAAGGUGGACCUGACGAAGCGACGGGUGGUGGACGAGGGCGAGGGUCGACUGUGGGCGGAGUCACGAGGGUUUCACUACUUCGAGACGUCGGCUCAGAGCGGCGAGGGAAUCAACGAGAUGUUCCAGGCCUUCUUCUCGUCCAUCACCGACAUGUGUGAAAAUGGCGGGAAGCGUCCGGUGGCUGAGGUCAGCGUGGGCUUCACCAAGGAGCAAGCCGACACCAUCCGACGCAUCCGCAACAGCAAAGACUCAUGGGACAUGUUGGGCGUGAAACCCGGCGCCACGCGGGAGGAAGUGAACAAGGCGUACAGGAAGCUGGCCGUGCUGCUGCACCCGGACAAGUGCGUCGCCCCCGGCAGCGAAGACGCCUUCAAGGCCGUGGUGAACGCUCGCACGUCGCUGUUGAAGAACAUUAAAUAACGUACAGACACAAACUGUCCACGGACGAUUCACCAACUCACGCUCCGCACAACAAACUGUUUAUUUAUUUAUUUAUCUAUUAUUUAUUUAUCACGUGUGAAGCUCAUGUGCCAUGUUGUUGACAACGUCUGGUUGAUGACCAGGUUUUGUUUGUGUGUGUGUGUGUGUGUGUGUGUGUGUGUGUGUGUGUGUGUGUGUGUGUGUGUGUGUGUGUGUGUGUGUGUGUGUGUGUGUGUGUGUGUGUGUGUGUGUGUGUGUGUGUGUGUGUGUGUGUGUGUGUGUGUGUGUGUGUGUGUGUGUGUGUGUGUGUGUGUCUCACAGUGAAACGUUUGUUGAUCAUCUGCGAAUUAUUGAAACAAAUCCAGUCCGUAAAGUAACAAACAACAGUUUUUUAUUAAUUAUUACUUUUAUUCUGAAUUAAUUCACAUUUCACAGCCUUUAAAAUGCUGAAGCUACAUACUUGUUAGCAUGAAGCUACAUACUCGCUAGCAUGAAGCUACAUACUCGCUAGCAUGAAGCUACAUACUCGUUAGCAUGAAGCUACAUACUCGUCAGCAUGAAGCUACAUACUCGUUAUUAUGAAGCUACAUAUGUGUUAUGAUGAAGCUACAUACUCGUUAGCAUGAAGCUACAUAUGCGUUAUGAUGAAGCCACAUACCCGUUAGCAUGAAGCCACAUACGCGUUAGCAUGAAGCUACAUACGCGUUAUUAGGAAGCUACAUACGCGUUAUGAUGAAGCUACAUACGCGAUAUGAUGAAGCUACAUACUCGUUAGCAUGAAGCUACAUACUCGUUAUUAUGAAGCUACAUACUCGUUAGCAUGAAGCUACAUACGCGUUAUGAUGAAGCUACAUACUCAUUAGCAUGACGCACAUCCACACUUUCUAAAGCCUGUUGCCAAAUCAUUGACGCAUGUUAAAUAUAGAAAAUGAACUUUUGUAUUCGUCACGUGGUCGAACCUGUCAAGUCCUCACAAACAUCCGCACACACCACGACCUGGCGCCACCUCCUGGUGACGCCGGGUCGCUGCAACCAAGAGAAGAGACCGUGUCCGGGUCUCGAACUCCCGACUUCACUGGUUCAUUAGUGAGGGAACCAGUCGUCUGAUGUUUACUGGGGGGCGGAGUCAGCUUCAUAAAGUGUCCAUAAGAUUUAUAAUGAUUUAAAUCUUCCACUUGUGUCACCACACAACAACCUGUUCCCUGACUAACUGGUGCCUUCUGUCUGCAUAUAUUAUUAUUUUUAUUAAUAUUAACAUCUAUUCUAUCUGCCCUCGUAUUCACAUCAUUUACUUCAAAAUCAUCACUUACAAACUGUAAAAGUGAUCCAGACUCGUUCCUGCUCUCAGAUAUUAACUCAUGUUCCCUCAUUUAUUCAAGAUAUUGAAGAUGUUCUGUUCAAAUUCAUAAUGUGACCCCGAACAAGUUGUACAUAAAACAAAGACUGAAAAAACGUUUUCCUCAAACGACCUUCUGUCAAUCAAAAAGUCACUGUCAAUAUUCAGCCGUUUGGCUCUUUUGCCUCGAGUAAAAAUCAUAUCACAUGACGACGUCUUUACCUGAACGAGAGCAUUUCCAUGGCGACGGUGAGUGUUGGUUUACUGAUCAUGUUUCAUACUGUAAAUAAGUGACGCAGCAUGGAUACGUCAUCAUAUCUGUUUUUAUCUACAUGUCAUAUCUAUAUGCGAUCAAACCUGUGGAUGCACAGGAUGAAUAAAUGUCUGAGCUCCUA